UGGUGGUUGGAGAAGUACGAUAGUUCUUGUAGCCUUCAGCAAACACAGAGGUAGACACGCGAGCCCCUCCUGGCUACAUAACUUUAACCCCAAGUCCUGCAGCCCACCUCGCUCGUCUGUGGCAUCCACUCAGGUUGAGGAUUGCUGUGUCAGCAUGGAGGAUUCGUCAGAGCAGUCCCCCUGGGUGUCUCCGACUCUGCUCAGCUCAGAUCCUCUGGCUGGCUUCUCCUCUGAGCCCGGCCUGCUGCCUCCAGGAGAAGAGGGAGAGGCCUUCUUCACCAGCCAGGACACAGACUACACCAGCCUGCCCUCCUUCUAUUCCAACCCAAGCCACGGCCGAGUGCCAUCCACCUACAGACACAGCUCGGUCCGCCAGGUGUUCACCUCGCCGAGCCUCCUCAGCAACCUCCAGCUGCUGGACGGGCCGGGCAGCCACUCCCUGAGCUCACCCUACAACCCCUCGGCCUCCGCCUGGAGCAGCAGCCCCCUCACCAAGACCCAGCUGCACUCGCACACCCCGACCUCCCUCUACACCCCUGGCAUCACCUCCUCCCUCACCGCCACCAGGGACGGAUACUCGUCUCCAAGCAGAGAGGGCAGGGAGAGCCCCCGGCUUCAGGAGGUCCUGAAGGCCGAGCGCCUGAGCCCGCUGGGGGGAUCGGGGGCCAGCAGCAGCUUCCUGAAUCUGACCCCUGCUGCUGGGAGUAUGUACACUCCGUCGUCCCACUCCCACCCACACAUGCUGAGCCCCUACAACUCAUACAUGACAGGUCCACAGGAGUACAACUCUGCUGCCCUCUACUCCAGCCCUGGAUCCUGGAUCAGCCCCUCGUACUCGCCUAAACUCCACAGUAAGAUGAGGAUAUCCACUCCAGAGGCCAGGGAGUGUGUCAACUGUGGAGCCACAGCUACCCCUCUGUGGCGUCGGGAUGGUACAGGCCACUACCUGUGUAACGCCUGUGGACUGUACCACAAGAUGAACGGCCAAAACAGACCGCUAAUCCGGCCCAAGAAGAGACUGAUUGUUAGCAAACGGGCAGGCACGCUGUGUGCCAACUGUCACACAAGCACAACAACACUGUGGAGACGCAAUGCCAAUGGAGAGCCUGUGUGUAACGCAUGUGGACUCUACUUUAAAUUGCACAAUGUCAACCGGCCCCUUACCAUGAAGAAGGACGGCAUUCAAACGCGCAACAGAAAAGUGUCCAACAAGAACAAGAAGAGCAAGAAGGCCGCCAUGUUUGAGCCGUAUUCGGAGGUGACCCAGCCAUCCUCCCUGGACAGCAGCGGUGGGCCCUUUUCCCUCGGCCCCGGGACUCUCCUCACCUACAGCCACACGCCGCACCUCAUCCCGACACCGUCCCCCCUGCAUCCCUCCACCUCCUUACCCUACACACACCACCUCAACACCGGCAUGGUGCCCACACUGGUGUGAAAAGACAAAACCGGCACCUGAAAGCUGUGUAUAUCGGGAAUCAGCUCGCUUGCUUGCUUGCCAGUUAUUUGUGUGAAUUUGUACAUAUGUGUUUCUACACUGGAUGUCUUGUAAAUGGGGUUUUCUGUUUAUUUCCACUGUAUUCAGGAGGAAGCACCAAUUCUAGUGCUUGUUUGAAAUCAAAAGGACUUGUUUUAGCUGUAAAUACAAACACAAAUAUCCAAUUUGACUGCCGUACCUGAGUCUUAAUCCCUCCUCCUGUUAUUCAUAGUGUAAAAUUAUACUUUGUUCUUGUGUUACACGGAUCUGUUUUGUAUUUGCAAAACUGAUAUUACCAUAUUGAAACUCUACAGAGAAAAUAAUAAAACGUGUGACUGAUUCUGCCGGA